AUGAAAACAACGGAGGACGAAGUUGCUGGUAGUUCUUCAGAUGAAGAACAAACAAACUCACCAGAAUCCAAACAACCACCGGAUGGCAAAGCGGGAAGUACCUUUGGCAGCUUCAGCUCGUUUCUUAGCAACGCCAUUGGACAUGAUGUGCGGUGCUGUUCAUCCUUCGACGGAUUUGUCCAUCGCUGUAUGUAUCGGCCAGUGGAUGGUGCAGCUCUCGGUGUAGCACGCGUACUCUUCGGACUGGCCAUGCUAAUCGACAUCCCGGAAGAACGUGGUGGUGGAGAUUUGGAUCUACGCUGGGGUGAACCGCGUGACUGCCGAUUCCCGCUCAUCCAUUCGAUGGUACCACCAACGCUACCUAAGAUGGGCAUUAUUUACGGCUUAAUGUGGCUCGGUGCGGCAGGUAUUAUGGUAGGCUAUCGGUACCGUGUUUCAGUGGCGAUUUUUACCGGAACAUACUGGUACGUUUUUCUGCUGGAUAAAAGCGCCUGGAACAAUCACAGCUACUUGUACGGGUUGUUGGGGACGAUCUUCCUGUUUAUCGAUGCGCAUCGAUGCUGGUCGAUUGAUGCUUGGAAAAAUCCACCCGUAGACCAGACCGUCCCCUUCUGGAAUUACUUCAUACUCAAGUUUCAGUUCUUUGUGCUUUACUUUGUGGCCGGUUUGAAGAAGCUGUCCCGCGAAUGGUUGUCCGGGUAUGCGAUGACAAAUCUCAGCUAUCACUGGGUGUUUUUCCCUUUCCGUGCAUUGCUCGGGCCAAAGCUUACCGAUCUGCUGAUUGUGCAUUGGUUUGGAUGCAUCUUCGAUACGACGGUAGUGUUUUUCCUGGUCUACGGUCCAACACGAAAGCUGGCCACCCUUUUCGCUAGUGCAUUUCAUUUGAUGAACUCUCGGCUCUUCCAUAUUGGGAUGUUUCCCUGGGUGUGUCUAUCGCAACUUCCCUUAUACUACAGUUUUAGCUGGCCAAGGAGACUUUUUCGCUAUGGAAACAGCACACCACUAUCUCCAGGCUGUGAGCAUACCGAACAGGACAUAAAAAAACACAGAAAACACCAUCAUCGCCGAAAGUGGAAAAUGCUGGCCAUGUUGACGUAUUGUGCCCUCCAACUCUUUCUACCCUACUCACACUUCCUUACGAAAGGAUACAACAAUUGGACCAACGGAUUGUACGGCUACUCGUGGGACAUGAUGGUACACGCCUGGGACACAAUUAUGAUCGGCAUCCGGGUUGUGGAUCGCCACGACCCAGAACGCAUACAUUAUGUUGAACCGUUCGCUUUUGUUGAUAAUGAUCGGUGGACAAAGCAUGCCGACAUGGCCGUUCAAUUUGCACGCUGUAUUGAACGAAACAUUCAGCAGGAAAAUCCAAGGAUUCGGACCCCAACGGCAGUGGCAAACCCAAAUGUAUCCAUCUACUUCGACAUUUGGUGCAGUAUGAACGGACGUUUUCAGCAGCGCAUAUUCGACCCUAAUGUAGACAUUCUCCAGGCACCGUGGUCACCAUUCGAACCGGUCGGAUGGGUACUUCCGUUGCUACAUCAGUUCAGUGGUUUGCGCGACACGUUGAUCGUUCGGCAAACGGAUGAGGUGCUUAGCUGGAGCAAUCAUUCCGAUGUACUUUUCAUAGCUGACUUUCCCGGGCUGACGCUACGUAACUACGUUAACGAAGAUCUGUACAACGUUUCAUUGACCGUUUUAAAGGGCACCGUGCGAUAUGAAGCAUCCUUGGACGAAGACGUCGCGAAAAGUUCGGAAAUUCUCCAGCCAGGACAGAGUGCUUCACUACCAGCGGGAACGUUUCACUCUAUUGAAACAAUUGGUCAGCAACCAUCCUGCUACAUGUACACGUACGUAAACCGCACCAAGGAACUGGAGGCCAUUCGAAACGGAGCGGAAGUGAAAUCGACCCCAGCAAUGCUUCCGCUCGGCGAUGAGUUGUUUCAUCGUUGGGAGAACUUUGUCCGAUUUCUGCAGCAUGUUGGAAAUUCGUUGCUGUAUGAGGUGUACGGUGUCCCGAUGCCUAGACGCUUGAAGGAACUCGUAGCGGAUGGAUAA